UUCGACUUAAAAAAUAUCGAAAACAAUUAUGUGGCAAUUUGUAGCAAUCUCGAUUCUUACAGUGUUCUUGGUAUGGCUAUGGAAGGUGUUCGACAUUUUCUGGCUCGAGCCUCGAAGGAUCGAAAAAAUAUUGCGAAAACAAGGCUUCAACGGGAACCCCUACCGGCCCCCCUUUGGCGACACCACCGAGAUUCAAGAGAUGUACGCCGAUGUACUUUCCCGGCCUCUCGGGCUUCAUGAAGAUAUUAUUCCUCGCGUCAUGCCUCACGUGCAAAAAACCAUAAACCAAUACGGUAAGAACUCGUUCACGUGGAUGGGGCCGAGGCCACGGAUAUAUGUGACCGAUCCCCAAUCGAUGAGGGAGAUUAUGUUGAGGCACGUCGUCUUCAACAAGAACUUCAAGGUUUCGAACAAAAUGAUCAAGCUUCUUGUCCGUGGCGGGCUAAUUGAGUUCGAGGAGGAAAAAUGGGCGAUGCAUAGAGCGAAGAUGAAUCCGGGCUUUCACAUGGAUAAGCUUAAGAAUAUGUGCCCAAUUUUUGUGGCGCAUGCCGAGACCGCUUUUGAUAAAUGGCGAUCGAAACUAAGCAAUGGGUCGGGUGUGGUGGACGUGUUCAAGGACAUGAAGAUCUUCACAGCUUCAUCGAUCUCCAAAGCAUUGUAUAGCCGUCCCUUCGACAAAGAUAUGCAAACGUGUUUCUUCUCGCUUCUUGAGCUAUCGCAUAUGGCGAACAAGAACAUCUCCGUCAAAUCCCUCGAUCUCCCCGGGAAAGAAUUGUUGCCUACGCCGAUGGUGAAAAAGGGGGAGAAGAUGGAAACAGAACUAUUUAGUAUAUUUAGAACGAUGAUCGUUGAGAGGCUAAAAAAGAGACGGGCCGGAUUAAAGGAUAAGCAAGAUUUAAUCGACAUAUUCAUAGAUGAUCUAUACGACGAGAAGAGAGCAAAAGAACUCGAUGAAGAAGGAAUCAUCAACGACGCUGCUGGUAAUUGCAAGGUCUUCUCAUUUGCCGGAUUCGAGACCUCCGCCAAUUUGCUUGUCUGGUCUAUGAUUAGCCUCGCCAUCUACCCCGAAUGGCAAACUCGCGCCCGAGAAGAGGUCCAAACCGUCCUCUCCGGCCGGAGCAAGCUCGAGUCGGAUGAUUUGAGCAAGCUCAAACUUGUCGGCAUGAUAUUAAACGAGGUGUUGAGGUUCUACCCGCCGGUGUUUGAGCUGUCGAGAGUGGUGGGGGAAGAUGCGCAAAUCGGGAAGUACGUAUUUCCCAAGGGGGUUUUAUUACAGCUUCCGCUGAUUUUUCUUCAUCGGGACAAAAAUAUUUGGGGACCCGAUGCAGAUAUCUUCAACCCGAUGAGGUUCUCGGAAGGUGUCAUGAAAGCGGCAAAUGGACAAGCCGCGUUCAUGCCCUUUGGUUGGGGUCCGAGAAUUUGUUUGGGAAUGAACUUCUUGUUGAUCGAAGCUAAGGUGUUCUUGGCUCAAGCUCUCAAUGCGUUUACUUGGGAUCUUUCGCCGGAGUACAUUCACGCGCCGUUAGCCGCUUUCUCUCUUAUGCCGCAACAUGGCGCGCCUCUUAUGCUCCGUGAAAUUUAAUUCACUUGGUGCCAUCUCGUGGUCUUAUGAUAUCUCCUUUUGGUCGUUGAUUGGUUCUGAAACUAUGUUGGAAUAAAAAAAUCUGAUUGGUUGUUUUUAUUGUUUUUAAAAAUACACGAGAUGCAUAUGCUUACUAUACUUUGUUCUCUCAAUGAAAUUGUAUGACAUUUGUCAAAAUAAUCAAUAUUUCAGCAUAGUGCUAAUAAUA